CUUUAAUCAUAACUUCCUGUUCACUGGCUGCUAGCAGCGUACGUUUGUUUAAUCUACGCAAGCGAUUUUUUCGCAUCUUUAACAAACAGCCCAGAGACUCGCGAUUCCCGAGAAAUGGACAUUCUGAAAGCGGAAAUCGCCAGGAAGCGGAAGUUGAUGGAAGAGAAAGAGCUCGUGGACGACACAAAGAAGUACUUCAAGCGAGGUGAUCUUGCCAAGAAGGAGGAAGAAGACUACUACAAAAGAUGUGGCUACAAUCUGGAGAAGAAGAAGCAGCAGCAACAGCAGCAGCAGAAGGAGGAGGAGACGGCGCCGUCGUCUACGUCAUCCAACCCCGUACUAGAGCUGGAGCUCACCGAGGAGAAGUUACCCAUGACCCUCUCUCGACAGGAGGUGAUCCGGCGUCUGAGGGAGCGCGGGGAGCCGGUGCGUCUGUUCGGAGAGACCGAUUACGACGCCUUCCAGAGGCUCCGCAAGAUCGAGAUCCUCGCACCGGAAGUGAACAAGGGUUUGAGGAACGAUCUGAAGGCUGCUAUGGAUAAAAUCGAUCAGCAGUAUUUGAAUGAGAUCGUAGGAGGACAGGAGGCUGGAGAUCCAGACAUGCAGGAUGAUCUUAAAGUGCAUGAGGAGAACACCACCAUCGAGGAGCUAGUGGCUCUCGGUGAAUCUCUGGGCACCGGAGAUGAUGUGAAAGAUAUGGAUGUUAUAGAAAAAGUGAUGCGGUUCUUGCUGGGUGUUUGGGCUAAAGACCUGAAUAGCAGAGAGGACCGUAUUAAGAGGAGCGUACAGGGAAAGGUGGCCAGCGCAACACAGAAACAGACCGAGUCUUAUCUAAGGCCUCUGUUCCGAAAACUGAGCAAGAAGAAUUUGUCUGCAGACAUUAAGGAAUCCAUCACAGACAUCAUUAAGUUCAUGCUACAGAGGGAGUACGUAAAGGCGAACGAUGCUUACCUGCAGAUGGCGAUAGGGAACGCGCCGUGGCCCAUCGGUGUGACCAUGGUGGGAAUCCACGCUCGUACCGGCCGAGAGAAAAUCUUCUCCAAACACGUCGCUCACGUUCUCAACGACGAAACACAAAGAAAAUACAUCCAGGGUCUGAAGAGGUUAAUGACAAUCUGUCAGAAGCAUUUCCCCACAGAUCCUUCCAAAUGUGUGGAAUACAACGCUCUGUGAUCGACACACACACACACACUCUGCUUCUGGAGCUUCCGUUUCUAUUGUAAAUAUAUUGUAAAUAUGAUCAAAGCAACAGUCUGAAUAAGUGUUUUAAAUACGAGGUUUUUUUUUUUUUUUUAACAACGCUUUAUUGUAGUAGGUGUGUUAGAGUUUCUUGACCCCUGACACAUCUGAGAGUAUGCGUUUUGCUCUCUUUUUCGUUUUUAUUUCCAAAAGGCUAUUCUAGUUUGUUGAUUCUACUACAACCCCAAUUUCAAAAAAGUUGGGACGCUGUGAAAACUGUAAAUAAAAGCAGAAUGCAAUGAUUUGCAAAUCUCAUAACCCCUUAUGUUAUUCACAGUAGAACAUAAACAUAUCAAAUGUAAACGUACCAUUUUAAGGAAAAAAAUAAGGUAGUUUUGAACCUGAUGGCCGCAACACGUCUCAAAAUUUGGGACGUGGGCAAAAAAGCCUGGAGAAGUAAGUGUUACUAAAAAUAAACAGCUGGAGGAACAUUUUGCAACUAAUUAGGUUCAUUGGGAACAGGUCCGUAAGUAAAAAGAGUAUCAUAGAGAGGCGGAGUCUCUCAGAAGUAAAGAUGGGAUGGAAUCUGGAUGGGAGUGUAUGUUGCUCUAAAACCUGGUUGUAUUUACGAGAUACACUGCAGAAGUUUUUUUUUUUUACCCAGUUUUUUUCCCCCUCAUGCCUGUGUAUAACCCUUUGAAUGGAACAUUAUAUUUUUGUUUGUCAGUGGAUCAUGUGUGCCUCAGGGUUCAGGAUGUGACUCCCGAGCUUGGAGAGUGGUGUAAUGGUCCAUUUAUGGACUUUAGAUACCGCAGGUAUUUGCUGACUCAUUCACACCCUAACUAUGAUUUGAGUUUUGAGUGCUUUUGCUCUAAUACAUGACAGGAAGUGCUGAAUCAGAGGAAGAGUGAGUUACUUACUGCUCUCAGGAUAACAGUAUACUCUUUAUAAAGCAGUUGUCCGUGAUCUUGUCAGGAGUUAGCUGUUUCGAAACGCAACAUUUAAACAAAUACAGCUCCUCCUUUCAGUCGUUACUCGAAAUCCAUCCACAUAAAGUACAAACUUAGUAAGCAACGCCUCACUAGAGAGGAAAUGUUGUCCCGUGGUCAUUGGGUUAGGAUCUGGUGAGUGUGAAGACUAUAGGAUAUGAUUUACAUCAUUGUCAUCCUCAUCAGAUCGUUCAGUCACUUCGUACACUGUGAAUGGAGGCCAUACUCAUCAGGACUGAAAUGUUUUAUUAUAGAAUAAAAGGGAAACUUUGUAUCGUUUUGUAGUGGUUCUUCCCUCUGAGGGGACGAGAAGGACCCAAAUCAAGCCACAUAACAGAGCCACCAGUUUUCCUUUAAUUUGACUUUAUUUUCUCACCACUCUGUCGAAUAAACAGCGUCUGUACACAGCA